UCGCUAACCGUACGACCGACAUGCCGUCCCAUCGCCUGCUGAAGGGGCCGACCCUAGCCCUGGAUCUCCCCACCGACCACUACCAGCCCCUGGUCAACUGGAUGUACCUGAUGCCUGAACACGAACCUAUGCCGUCGAAGGUGAUCCCCAACCUGUGGGGCCCGUACCCCUCUACUGGCUAUUCCGCCCCCGCUUACCAGCCCAUUCCACCCACCAAGUGGCCAUCACAGCCUGAUCCCAUUGUUGAGCUGACAGAAAACUUGGCGGAACUGAGCUUAAAACAGAAGUCGACCAAACAACCUCCUGCAACAUACCUGUGCCAUCUGUGCUUUGUGACGGGGCAUUACAUCAAAGACUGUCCGAUGGCGAGGCCUAAGGGAGAAGGCCUCACACCAUACCAGGGGAAGAAGAGAUGUUUUGGUGAAUACAAAUGUCCAAAGUGCAAAAGAAAAUGGAUGUCCGGGAACAGUUGGGCAAACAUGGGACAGCAGUGUAUCAAAUGUCACAUCAAUGUGUAUCCACACAAACAGUUUCAGAGACCUCUGGAGAAGCCUGACGGCCUGGACGUGUCUGACCAGUCCAAAGUCCAUCCUCAGCACCUGUGUCAGAAGUGCAAGUAUGUGGGAUACUACUGCAGGAGGGAACUGCCUCUACAAUCCGCUAGACCAAGCGGAUAGACACUGGCUUCCUCCUUAAUAUGCGAUCAAGAAAAGACAUCGACGCAGCUGGACUGCUCUUUUUUACACAUUUUUUUACUCGAUAAGUUUUACAAUUCCAUCCAUUAUACAUUUUAUUUUUUACAGAUUUUUUAUUUUGUUUAGUGUUAAACAAUUUUAUUUCUUGUAUGUGGCGCAUAAUGCGUUCAAGAGAAAUCUACUUUUAUAUUUUAUGUACGGUGAUAAACCCGUCUAAAAGUGUAUACCUUAUUUGAUUUAAUAAAUAUUUAAAAAGGUA